ACAGUGUCGUGAUUCUCGCCAUUACGUUGUUUAUGUUCACUUGAUUUGAUAUAAAGUGAUUGCAUAAAAAGCACCACUUCAGUGAGUAGCAGCCAGCGGGACGAUGGGAGCCGCUGGUGGCUUUACGCUGGCCAUUUUCAAGCCACAUCUUCUACGGAAUCCGGUGGCCUACGCGGCGGCCCAGCAGCUGAUCGAGUCGAGCGGAUUGCGUGUGGUGACUAGCAGGCGGCUGCAGCUUACCGAAUCGGAAGCGAGACGGUUCUAUCGAGAGCACGAGGGAAGGUUCUUUCACCGCCGGUUGAUUUCGCUGAUGACCAGUGGACCCCUGGAAGUGCUAGUAUUGUCCGGGGAGAACGCGAUUGCUAAAUGGAGGGAAUUGCUGGGACCGACUAAAGUUUACAAGGCUGUAUACUCGCAUCCGGAUUGUUUGCGAAGUAUGUACGGAAUCUCGGACACGAGAAAUGCUGGCCACGGAUCAGCACCAGCUGACGGUAGCAGCCCCCGAUUGAAUCGGUACGCAGCGAACGGUCUCACGCUCGGACUGUGCAAAAUGCGCCGCGCCCGCCACGUCUCACCCUGCUGCACUGCUUCACUCCAUCGCAACGCGGACGGCGACGAAGCUGUUAUGGUUGUUAUGGAGUCAAAAAGCAUGCCAAACACGCUUCCAAUAAAUAUCGUAAUGCGCGUCGUGAUCGGCGGUUUUUGGACACGAGCUUUCGCCCUCCACCCCCCCUUUUGAAUCGCGCACCACGGAUAAGCCACGAGAAAAAAAAACUUCGUCGUGCUCAUAAAAGCAGACUAGUAACAAAAGAGGCUCCUGCCCGAUGGCGAUCAGGUUGCCAAUAGAGCCUAGCGUUAUUUGAAGUCGUAACUGUCGGCACAUUUCGUGGGAUUCGGUCGGGCACCACCGAUUUGCUUCACUAAUGGAGAGACAACCGCAGACCAUCAUCGGGAGAAGGGGGCAGCUUGUCGGGUUAAACGCUUUGAGCUCUCGGGUGAGCCUCGAAAUGCUAAUGAAUUUUCACACGAGCCACGAUCGGGCAGAGCGGCAACCCUCUUCGUCCCACGGUGUGUAGUGCUAAAAGAAAUCAAUUAAAUGCGAGCUGAGCGAAUAGAAACGACUUACUUAAUCGGAUCAGCAUAAAAGUCCUGCAAUAUUCUCGCUUGGCCGAUGUUGUUAUUUGCUUUGAAUGUUUGCCCGGUAGGUAUCUCGCAAAAAACGGUUAGAAAAUAAUAAAAAAUAUUAGGGUGUGGAGAAAAGAUAGGAAAAGACUUG